GCGCAGAAUGGCUGACUUACUGAAGAAGAAGCCAGAUGUCUCUACACCAAGACACGAAAUGGGAGACAUCUACAGAGAGGUGUCCACAGCAAGGCAAGCCUUGAGGGACAGCUACCAGAACCUGCAGAAUGUUGCUGACUAUUGUGAGAAGAACUACAUGGAGGCUCCUGACAAGCGUAAAGCCCUGGAAAGCACCAUGUCCCUAGUCACACAGACACUGGCCAGUGUGGCUUGUCAAGUAGGGGUGGCUGCCCGCCAUGUGUCAGAUUUGUUGGAGGUACAAAGCCUGAUGCUGCAGAAGGAGGAAGUAAGAGUCCGGUAUGUCUCUCAGUUACUAGAUAUCCAUGCCGAAAAAGUUUCCCGCCAGAAGAUUGGAAAGUUGACAACAGCCAAGAAAUUCCAGCACACUCAGAAAAUCCAAAGUGGACAGGACAGACCUUUGGGCUCUUAUACCAGAAUGCCCAUUAACUUCACUUCUCUUGAUAACACUGGUCAUGGGAUCCUGGAUUCUGACUUACAGCUAUCUAAAACCGGAACUAUGUCCCGCAAGAUAAGUGUGAAAACCAUGAGCCAGACACUGGGGAGAAGUCGAUCUAGAGAGCCUGUAUCCCCUCCAAGCAUCCCAGCACAAAAGGUCCCAUGUCCAAUCUUCCAUGAUCCUUCUAGAAUGAAUGGUGACUUACCUUUGCCCCCACCCGAGUAUCCAGCUCCUUUAGCCUUAGAGACACAACGCCCACUAGAAAAAGGCUCCUGUUUCCCUGACCAAUAUACUUUGAUGUGCAGUGACCUCCCUCCUCCUCCAGAACCUGAAGUGAAUGGAUCACUAUUGCUCCCUGCUCCUAUCAUGGAAGACCUUUUCGAUGAAUCUUUACCUCCACCCCCACCAGCCAUUGACAACGAUGAUAAACAUUCAUCAUGGCUCACAGAAAAUGGUCUUACAUCCCCAGGGUGCAGAGAACUAUCCGCCGAUGACCUCCCCCCACCUCCUGCUCCAGACUAUGAAGUGACAAAUACAGUAUGGCCAUUGAACAAUGGUCUUACAUCCCCAGGGUGCAGAGAACUAUCCGCCGAUGACCUCCCCCCACCUCCUGCUCCAGACUAUGAAGUGACAAAUACAGUAUGGCCAUUGAACAAUGCUGAUAUCAUGAAGAGCCCGACUUCCUUGGAUGAUCUUCCCCCUCCGUCUGAAAUGUGAACAUCAGGCCUGCUCACAAAAUGAAAUGUAGCUGGUCGCUAAACCUUAAAACACAUUUUAAACCUGAGAUCUAUUAAAAAACUAUUUUAUUCAAACUUGAUGGACUUUGGCUUCCAGCGCAGGUUGUUGCCUGGUCCUGAUCUUCUUGUCUUCUUUCACUGCAUUAAGAAGUGUUGAGCUGGCAGGAUUCAUUGCAGCAUGGAACGUAGACGUUUACACAAGACUUAAGGUGUGUUAUAUCAGAGCUAAGUACUGCCAGAGGCGCCAAAUCCUGGGACAUUGUGUAACUUACUUGUGAUCAUUGAAAGUGCUGAACUACACAACUUUCUUUCUGGCCUCUCACUGCUUUUAAUGCUUUUUUAACUUUAUCUCCCCACUGUUAGUCUAUUGUCUUGGUAUCUUGAUGACUAUGCAGAACAGGUCACUUCGGAGCACUGAGGCCAGGGGGUCAUGAUCUUCUGCCCAUGUUAACAUAAGCUUGAUAUACAUAACCUUGGUAGAUAGUACUCCACCCUACAUACAAGCAGUAAAUAUGGAUUCAUCGAUUUUGGCAGUACAUACAACAUUUUCCGCUAGUCACCCUUUGUUAAUGUUUUUAGACCUCUACUUAUCGCACCCAGACUGAGCCAGAGGGUGUAGCUGGAGAGGAAUGAGACAGUAUUGCCUGUCGAAUGAAGAUAAGGUCAAUGAGUGCGGAGCAUGGGAGUUGGAUCAUUUUUGGCUUGCAAGGAAAUUGUAAUUAGCUGCAAUACCAAAGUUUGCCCCUGGUGGCACUGUUUUUUUAAAGAAAGCAUCUAUGUUUUUCUAAUUUUGUUAAAGG